GACGCAAAAGCACAAUGGCCACUCACAUUUCUCCUGCAGUAACAAGGCCUUAUAAAUAUGGCGUGUGUCGAGCACAUUCCGCCAUAUCUAUCUUCAACAAAUAAUACAAAGUACAAAUACAUUCUCAAAUUUCUCAGAAACCUUUUUCUGAUCAUGGCAGUAGCCAUCAAAGUUCAUGAUCAUCCAAGCAAAGACCUCGAAGAACAAGCCACAAAAGCACUCGAAACAGAGGAGGCAUUUGAUUAUUCCAAAAGAUCACAGUGGCUUAGAGCCGCGGUGCUGGGAGCAAACGAUGGCCUGCUCUCAACCGCGGCUCUGAUGAUGGGAGUAGGAGCUGUUAGAAGAGAUAACAAGACCAUGAUCCUCACUGGGAUUGCCGGGCUAGUUGCAGGUGCUUGUAGCAUGGCCAUUGGUGAAUUCGUGUCAGUAUAUUCUCAAUACGACACAGAGAUGGAACAAAUAAAGAGGGAGGCCAUGCAUGGAAAUGUUGGGAAGGCUGAGAUAGAGGCAAAGGAAAAGAAGUUGCCGAGUCCUCUUAAAGCAGCCGCUGCAUCAGCAUUGAUGUUUGCUGUAGGAGCCAUCGUGCCCCUGCUGGCUGCAGCGUUUGUGAUGGACUAUCAUGUGCGGUUGAUGGUGGUAAUAGGAUCAGUAAGCUUUGCACUGAUAGGGUUUGGAGGUCUGAGUGCCAAGCUAGGGAAAGCCCCUGUGAUUAAGUCUAUAUCUAGAGUUCUAAUCGGAGGAUGGUUAGCCAUGGGGAUCACUUUCGGAUUAACCAAAUUAGUAGGUUCUACUGGAUUGUAAAUUGUAUUCAUGUUUAGAAUGUAGGAUAAAUGCAGUAUUUCCACCUUUUAUGAAGAAUUUAUAUACUUGCUAUACUACAAAUGAAAUAAAAGCUUUCCUUCACCAAUAAAA